GUGUUUUGAGGUUAAGUCCUAGAUUCAUGAUUGUGAUGUAGUGGAUUCCGAUUAUCAACCACAAACUUAAAUAUUUUAAUAUUUCAUUUUGUCUUCACACCCUGCGAUUGAUUAUGAAUCUUUGCCAACUCGCCCUCCUUCGCCAUUGUACUCGGUUCAAUGCCCCAUUAAAGUUAGUGCCAGUGAAAAGCAAUCAGUGUAUGUAUUCUAGUCACACCCCGGUCUCUAGAGACACAAGUUUAAGUUUCACACCUGCACCUAAGAUCAAGAAAGAAGUUACUGUCGAUUAUGUCACUCCAAGCGCUCCGCAAGAUUUACCACAAUGGGAUAUGGAAAACCCAUUUCAACGAGAAAAGCAAAGCUGCAUACUUUGUAAGUACAAAAUAACACCUGACUACAAGAACGUUAAGCUCCUGUCGCAGUUCGUUUCCCGCUUCACAGGCAGAAUAUAUGGACGGCACAUCACUAGACUUUGUAAAAGUAAACAAGAAGCAGUAGAGAAAGAAAUUUGGAAAGCACAAAUGGCCGGUUUCAUGCCCAACUAUUUCAGAGAUCUGCAUUUCACGGAUGAUCCAAAGCUGUUUAACCCGGAGAGGCCGGUGAGGCCUCACAAAUAUUAAAACUUGUAUGGGAGCAAGGUAAUAUUGCUCCUUUUUUACUCUGUAAAUUGCCACAUGUUCUUUUUUAAUGUUAGUCCUUUGUGAAUUGUUUUCUACAUAAAUUUCUGUUCAAUAACAAA